AUGGUCACGCUCGGCCUGUUUGAGCUGCUGGAUGCGGCCAUCAGCGUGCCCAAGUGCACAUUUGAUUUAGUAACGUUGCAUAGGCUGCUGCGGGCCAUACUGCUGCAGCUGGGCCCAUCCGCCCAGGAGCAGCUGGAGGGGCAGCUGUGGCAGAGGGCAGAUGAACGCCAGGGCCUCUCCGCUGAGGCUGCCCCCUGCCCGCCCGCUGCCCAGGCCGCGGCUGUCCCCCAGCACGUCCUCACGGAGGCGGACAGGGAGCAGGCGGCACAGUCCCACGUCCCAGAGUAUAGCCGGGAGAAGAAGAAGCUCCAGGACUCUGUUGACGGCUUGUACAGCUUCAUGACAUCUCUGGACAGUGACGUGCAAAAGCUGAAGGACUGGCUGAGCCUCUACCCCAGCCCAGAGGAGGUACGCAACAUGAUUCAGUGGAUGGAGGCUGGCCCGCUGAGCGACAAAGCAGGAGGAGACAGAGGCAGACAAGGGGUGCCAGUGGAGGGAGCUCAGAGCCAGUCUGGCCUCGCCAAGCCCCCAACUUUGGAUACAGACACCAUGCCUGGGGCUGGCUCAGCACUGGGGCUGAGGGAAGCGGAGACACAGCCUGUGCCUGGCACUAGCCAAGGGACCAGCAAGGGCACUCCACGGACACAGCCUGGCUCCCUGGGAAUGCCAUCAGGAAUGCAGGGACCACCAAUGACCCCCGAGAAGGAGGCAGGUGCUGCUGCAGGUCAGAUGGUAUCUGAUAUCAGCAUCCAAGGGGAACAGCCAGGAAUGCCUGACACCCGGACCACCACCCUGUGGGCACAGCCACCAUCUCCUAGUGUCCAGACCUCCACCCUGGGGGCACAGCCACCAUCUCCUGGUGUCCAGACCUCCACCCUGGGGGCACAGCCACCAUCUCCCAGCUCCCAGACCUCCACCCUGGGGGCACAGCCAUCAUCCCCUGAUACCCAGACCACCACCCUGCGGGCACAGCCACCAUCUCCUGGUGUCCAGACCUCCACCCUGGGGGCACAGCCAUCAUCUCCCAACACUGAGACCUCCACCCUGGGGGCACAGCUACCAUCUCCCAGCUCCCAGACCAGCACCCUGGGGUCACAGCCACCAUCUCCCAACACUGAGACUUCCACCCUGGGGGCACAGUCACCAUCCCCUGAUACUCAGACCACCACCCUGGGGGCACAGCCACCAUCUCCCAGCUCCAAAACCACCACCCUGAGGGCACAGCCACCAUCUCCCAGCUCCCAGACCACCACCCUGGGGGGACAGCCACCUUCCCCCGACACCCAGACCACCACCCUGGGGGCACAGCCACCAUCUCCCAACACUGAGACCUCCACCCUGGGGGCACAGACACCAUCCCCCGACUCCCAAACCACCACCCUGGGGGCACAGCCAUCAUCCCCCAACACCCAGAUCUCCACCCUGGGAGCACAGCGUCCAUCCCCCGACACCCAGACCACCACCCUGGGGACACAGCCACCAUCUCCCAGCUCCCAGACCAGCACCCUGGCGGGACAGUCAUCAUCCCCCGACACCCAGACCACCACCCUGGGGCCACAGACACCAUCCCCCGACACCCAGACCACCACCCUGGGGCCACAGACACCAUCUCCCGACACCCAGACCACCACCCUGGGGGCACAGACAGCACCUCCAAGAGGGGCAGUUUUGGACACAGAGACCUCUUACCCUGGGCAAGAGUCAUCUGUGUUCUGGAGGUCCUCGGGCUCCAGCAGCCCCUUGGACCUCUACCCUGAGAUUGUGGAGGCUCUGCAACGGGUGGAGAAGCUCAGCAACCUCUACGGUGCCCUGGAGAAGGAGAUGGCCCAGCUGCAAGCCACCAAGUUGGACUCCCAAGUGAGAGACCAGGAGAGCAACGGCAGAAUCCUGGCUGAGCUGCAGGCCAAAGUGUCCUCCCUGCAGGGCCUGGGCAGCGACCUGCAGGACGAGAAGGGAAAGAUCAGGCAGCUGGAGGAGGCCCUUGGCAAGCUGGAGGUGGCUGGGACUGAAUGGAAAGCAGACCUCAGCAACCAGAUCACCCUGCAGCUGAAGUCCAGGCUGCGGGAGGUAAAGCAGGAGCUGAGGGAGCUGAGGGAGGAGCAGAAGCGGUUUGCCACGGUUGGCCAACUGCAGGAGCAGCUGGCCCAGCUGCGAGCAAUGACAGAGAGCGCAGGGCAGGAGCGGGCAGAGGCGCAGGUAGCACAGCCCGGCGGCCGCAGCGACCUCAGCGCCCAGCUGGAGCAGCUAUUCCAGCACCUUGAGAAGAUGCAGGAGCAGGUGGACUCCUUAAUCUUGCAGCAGCCCCUGGGCAAGAUGGAGAGGCAGCUGCCAGGGAAGAGCCAGGAUGAGGAGCUGCUGAGGCGCAUGCAGGAUGACAUUGUGCAGCUGCAAGCAGCAUGCAAGGAGACCAGGUCUUUCAUGGGCAACCUCCAGCAGAAGGAGGAGAUGCAGGCUGUGUUCCAGGCCCUGGAGAGGCUGGAGGAGGAGAAGGCAGAUAAGGAAGAUCUGCUGGGCAUCGAUGUGAAAGGGUACAAAGCCGCCCUGGCCAGCAAGGUCAGCUGCACCCAGUUUGACGCAACCAUGGAGCGGCUGGAGGAAACAAUGCAAGAUGUGCUCAGCCGCGUGACGCAGCAGGAGCAGGGCUGCCAGCAGCUCCAGCAGCAGCUCGCCGAGGGGAUGGAGGCCAAGGUGGACCGCCUGCAGCUGGAGGCCUUCUGGAAGCAGCUGGAGCAGCAGCAGCCCCACGCCCAUUUGCAUUGCCUGUCCUGCGACCGACCCCUCUACAUGUGUGUGCCUGGCCCGUGA